UGCUUACAGUUGAACUUCAUGUAGGGAGCAGCUGCAAAUCUUUUUGCAAGUUUGCCAAGGAUUAGGGCUUCCAUGCCGGUCGGAGGACUGUUCUUAAGGAAUGCAUCAAAACAGCAUAACAAGCUUUUUUACUUAUCCUACGCACAAAAGCUUGCAUGCGAAGCGCAUAGCGCCGGUUCGAUGCGAAGGAUGUCCACCGGUAUUGCCACACCGCAGGUUGCGGUGAUCGGCGCCGGCAUCAGCGGUGCCAUAUGCAGUCAUCUGCUAUCCCGCAGGGGAGCGAAGGUUGACGUCUUUGACAUGGGCCGGCAACACCCGGGUGGCCGAGCAUCUAGCCGGGUUCCAGGGCCUAGUGGUGGUAGCUCUGCUGCUGGUGGGGGUGGGGGUGGGGUAGGUAAUGGUGGCGCCUCAUCUCUUGCUCCCGGUACUGACUUCCAGUUCGACUACGGCUGCCAGUUCUUAACCGCCACCUCGCCUCACAUGAGGAGGCUUGUAGAGGAGUGGCUGGAGGCGGGUGUGGUGGCUGAGUGGCGGCCCCGCCUGGGGGUGUACGACGCGGCUCGUGGAGUGGUUAAAUCGGGGGAGGAGCUGUCGGCUGCCGAGGUUUUGGAGGUGGGGUCCAGCAGGCUGCCCCCACUUCCCCCCCCCGGUGCGCCCCUGUACGUGGGAGUUCCCGCCAUGGGGGCCCUCGACGUUUGCACAGAUAUGUACCCCUACCCUGGUACGGACGACCGCCUCCUGGUUCCCUAUUAUCGGCCGAUAGUGGCACCAGUUCCCGCCCAGUACUUCGCCGACUACUUCCCGGUUCAGCGCGCCAGGUGGUCCGGGAGCAGCUGGCUGCUGGGAGCGCAGCGGUUCAGGCCAAGGGGCGCUGUGGAGGCUGGAGGGGGCGGUGGAGGUGUUUGCGGUGGCGGCGGCAACACACGGACUUCCGAGUCACAUGGGUCGCAGCAGAAUGACGCCGCCACGGUCUGCACCACCCCCUCUUCCUCGCCUUCCGCUGCUCCUGCGUCUGCGUCUGCUGGCGGUAGCGGUGGUAGGGUUGCAAAUGUUGAUGGGUGCUGGAUGGAUCUGGGGGCCCCGUACGACGCACUGGUCUUCACGGACAGCCAGGUGGCUAGACCAGACGCCCCCGGGUACGUGGAGCUCCAGGGGGGGCCCCCCUCCCUUCAGGAGCUUACAACACGACUAAGGGAGCAAAUCAGGGUACCGCAAUUCAUACUAAUGGUGGGCUGGAACCCGCAGCAGCAACAGCAGCAGCCAGCGGUGGCGGCGACGUCGACGGCGGGGCAGGUUCCUCAGCUUCCGGCGGAUGCGCUGCACGUGGUUGGCGGUUCUGCGGUGCACUGGGUCGCGGUUGACUCCUCGAAGCCGGCUCCACCCCGCUCCCGCCGCCAUCGUUCAUCACAUCCCACCGCUGGGGCAGCUGCUACACCACCACACCCCUGGGCACAGCGGCGGUAUGGGACGCGGAUAGCCGUUGGGUUGCAUGUGGGGACUUCUGCCAGGGGCCUGGAUUGGAGCAGGCUGCUGCGAGUGGCGCUGCGGCUGCGGAGGCAGUGGCUGAGAUGCUCGGCCUGCCGUCCUCAGCUUAGCUGUGGAGCUGCGGGUUGGUACGUGGAGGGUCGCUCCCGCGUUCAAGAGCUGGGUCAUCACUCCAGUGAACGACCUGGGGCAAGUGUGAAGGGCCGAAGGGGCCUUCAGAUGGCCCCUACACCGCCCAUGCCCGGCGUUAUACUACCGGAUGGGCUGCUGCUGGAGCGAUGCCUGGCGCAGCUGGGGGCCCCGGGAUCUGACCGCCCUGCUGGUGUGCGCAUCAAGUGGCUCCGAGUACUGGAAGACUUAUCGGUCAUUCGUUGA